AUGCAGGACGGCCAAACUUCUAACACACAUCUCGCGUUGGAAUUUAAAAAUGGAUCUGCUCUGCAGUGCGUCGGGAGCGGGGCGUGCGGAUUCGCGGCGUGGGCGUUAUGGGAGGGGGGCGCGGGGGAGACUUCAUCGGGUAGAGCGGGGCUGUGCGCGCUGGCGGUGUGGGGCGGAGCGCUAGCGUUGGCGGCGCUGGCGUCACUGACGGGCGCGGCGCGGAACUCGGGCGCGCUGCUGGCGGCGGCGGUGGCGCUGCUGGCGCUCACGGCGGCGGCGGAGGCGGCGGCCGCGUGGUGGGGGGCGGCGCAUCUGCCGCACUUGCGGGCGGCGCUGCUGCAGCGUCUCGACCGCACCGUGCGAUACGAUUAUGGGGUGCUGCCCGCCCGAACGCACCUCGUCGAUGCCAUCCAGCAGGGGCUGGAGUGCUGUGGAUCUAGCGACAUCCGGGACUGGCAGAGCUCGGUGUGGGCUCGCACGGCGGAGGGGGCCGGGGGCGCGGGGGCGGCGCCGGGGGAGGCGGAGGCGGAGGCCGCUCCGGAGGUUCUAGAUCUGUCCGUGUCGGCGCCCGCCCGGUACUAUUCGGUGCCCGCCUCGUGCUGUCAGUGCAUUUUUUUUGCUAAAAUUAAUCGGAAACGAGGAGGGCACGGUCUUCCGGACUCGGACGGGCGGAAAGAACGAGAUGUAAACCGAAACCGCGAUAAUUACACUCAGAGCCCGGAGGCGGGCGCGUGCGCGGCGGCGCGGCGCGUGCCGGCGGCGGGCGGGCGCGGGGCGGGGCUGCACGCGCGCGCGUGCGGGCCGCGGGUGCUGCGCGCGCUGGGGGCGGGGGCGCGGGGGCCGCUGUGGGCGGGGGCGGCGCUGCUGGGGGUGCACGCGCUGGCCGCGCUGCUGGCGCUGGCGCUGGCCGUGCGCGCGCGGCCCCGCGCCGGGUACAAGGCGUGA